AUGAGCGUGCCCGGGGCGCUGCUCGCCGUGCCGCUGCUCCUGCUGCAAGGGGCGUUUGCAGGGGCUGCCGGUGACUCUGUGGCUCUGAAGGAAGGAGAAAAUCUGAACCUGAACUGCACCUUCAGCACCCUCAGCGACCACAACUUCACCCUGCAGUGGCUGAACCCUCGGAAUUUCACCAUUUUCCUCAAUGCCCAGCAGGUUCUGAGGGACCGGAGGUACAAACUGCUGCGCUACUCCAGGGAUGAACUGUCCAUCCAGCUCUCCAACCUGACCCUGCAGGACGAGGGAAUUUACCGCUGCCUGCGCUACACCCGGCACGUCAGCGCCCGGAGCCAGAACGUGCAGAUUUUGGCUCCUCCUUCCCACCCAGUGCUGGAAAUCUCCCAGGAUGAGGAAAGGGGCAUCCAGCUCUCCUGUCACACCCGGGGGAGCAGACCCCAGCCCCAGAUCUCCUGGCUCUUGGACAAUGGCAUUGAGCUCCCAGGUGACACCAGGCACGAGCUGGGCGCCGAUGGGAGCAGCUGGAGCAGCAGGAGCACCCUGAGGGUGCUGAGCUACAGCCCCGCGGUGACAGUGCCAGCCACAGUGACAGCCAGCUGUGCCAUCGGGCACCCUGCGCUGGGGGCACGGAGACUGCUGGCACCUUUCACCUUCCAGAACCUUCCCAGCGCGGGCUGCAAGCAAGCAAGCAGACCUUCAGAGGAUGCAGAAGUUCCCAGCUCGUCAGAGAAUCCAGCAGUUCCCAGUUCUCCAGAAAAUGCAGCAGGUACCAACCCAUCUGCAUCCCCCAAAAAUUCAGAAGUUUCCAGCCCUUCUGCAUCCCCAAAAGAACCAGGAGUUUCCAGCCCUUCUGCAUCCCCAGAGAAUCCAGAAACUUCCAGCCCUUCAGCAUCUCCAAAAGAUCCAGAAGUUCCCAGCCCUUCUGCAUCCCCAGAGAAUACAGAAUUUUCCAGCAGCCCCUCUGCAUCCCCAAAUGAUCCAGGAGUUCCCAGCCCCUCUGCAUCCCAAAAAAAUCCAGGAGUUUCCAGCCCUUCUGCAUCCCCAGAGAAUACAGAAUUUUCCAGCCCCUCUGCAUCCCCAAAAGAUCCAAAAGUUUCCAGCCCUUCUGCAUCUCCAAAUGAUCCAGGAGUUUCCAACCCUUCUGCAUCCCCAGAGAACCCAGAAACUUCCACCCCCUCUGCAUCCCCAAGGAAUCCAGAACUUUCCAGCCCUUCUGCAUCCCCGAAAGAUCCAGAAGUUUCCGCCCCCUCGGCAUCCCCAGGGAUUCCAGCAGUUCCAGCCCAGCCAAACCUCACGGGUGUCACACUGCGCGAGCAAAAUCCCGAAUCCAAAGGGCUCCUGAGGAAGGAGAAGGACCUCCUGCUGCCCAUGCUGGUGGCUGCUCUGGUCCUGGUGCUGCUCGUCAUCGUGCUGCUGUUCAUGGUGAAGCUGAAGAAAGCUCACGGGGCGUGGAAGAGAGAAAAUGAUGUUUCAGAGCAAACACUGGAGAGUUAUAAAUCCAGAUCUAAUGAAGAGAGUCCAGGCCAUGAGAAGAACGGACCAGCGGGAAAUCCCAAAUCCAACAUGCAAUAUGUAACAGAAGAACACGUGGAAACCCCAGAGAAGAAUCUGGAAACCCCAGAGAAAAUUCCAGAAUGCCCAGAGAAGAACCCAGGUGACAAAAGCACGGCAAUAAAUGAGGAAAUAUUCACGUGUGGAAGGGAGACAGACGUGUAACAGUGCAGGAAACUGCAAUUUCCUGAUAUUUAUGUGAAAGUUUUCAGGGAUCCUGGUUUGAAGGAGCAGGAGGGACACGGAGCUCCAUCUGGGGGUGCUUUUGUCCGGCAAACCUGGCCUGGGUCACCUGGGACCUUCAGAGCAUUUCAGGAACCUCUGCCACCAUCAGCUCAGCACUCCCAGCACCCUGAG